CCCCCCCCCCCCCCCCCCCCCCGCCUUCCUCGUCAAUUAACCAAGCACCCGCUAGAUUAGCUAGCUGCCUCCGCCGCCACCACUAGAAACAGCUGCUAGCUAGAGCUCGCCGCAUAUAAUACAGAUCAAUAAUGGGUUCAAACUCAACAAUGGUGGAGGAAAUCAGAAAAGCACAGAGAGCCCAAGGCCCCGCCACCAUCCUCGCCAUCGGAACCGCCACUCCUCCCAACUGCAUCUACCAGUCCGAUUACCCCGACUACUACUUCCGCAUCACCAACAGUCAACACAUGACCGACCUUAAAAAAAGGUUCAAAAGCAUGUGCGACAAGUCAAUGAUAAAGAAAAGAUACAUGCACCUUACCGAAGAAAUCCUCAAAGACAACCCCAACGUCUGCGCCUACAUGGCUCCCUCUCUCGACGCCCGCCAAGACAUGGUGGUGGUGGAGGUCCCCAAGCUCGGCAAGGAGGCCGCCGCCAAAGCCAUCAAGGAGUGGGGCCACCCCAAGUCCAAGAUCACCCACCUCAUCUUCUGCACCACCUCCGGCGUCGACAUGCCCGGCGCCGACUACCAGCUCACCAAGCUCCUCGGCCUCCGCCCCUCCGUCAAGCGCCUCAUGAUGUACCAACAAGGCUGCUUCGCCGGCGGCACCGUCCUCCGCCUCGCCAAGGACCUCGCAGAGAACACCGCCGGCGCCCGCGUCCUCGUCGUCUGCUCCGAGAUCACCGCCGUCACAUUCCGCGGCCCCUCCGACACCCACCUCGACUCCAUGGUCGGCCAGGCCCUCUUCGGCGACGGCGCCGCCGCCCUCAUAGUCGGCGCCGACCCCGACCCCACCCUCGAGCGCCCCCUCUUCCAGCUCGUCUCGGCGGCGCAGACCAUCCUGCCGGACUCCGAGGGCGCCAUUGACGGACACCUCCGGGAGGUAGGGCUCACCUUCCACCUCCUCAAGGACGUGCCGGGCCUCAUCUCCAAGAACAUCGAGAAGAGCUUGGUGGAGGCCUUCUCGCCGAUCGGAAUCAGAGACUGGAACUCCCUAUUCUGGAUAGCUCACCCCGGCGGACCGGCCAUUCUGGACCAGGUGGAGGAUAAACUGGGGCUGAACCAGGAGAAACUCGGGGCGACUCGGCACGUGCUGAGCGAGUACGGCAACAUGUCCAGCGCUUGCGUGCUGUUCAUUCUGGACGAGAUGAGGAGGAGAUCAGCGGAGGAAAGGCGACCCACCACCGGGGAAGGCUUGGACUGGGGCGUCCUCUUCGGGUUCGGACCUGGUCUCACGGUGGAGACGGUCGUGUUGCACAGCGUCCCCAUCGGAGCAACUCACUGAAUGUAGUCGGUGGCUCCGCGUCCGUGACCCAUCCAUUAUUUUAAUUGCUCUUCAGUCUUCUAUCUAUUUUUUUUUAAAUAUAUAUAUGUGAAAAUAAUAAAUGGGAGGGAGGGGUUUGGCAGAUAUUUAUUGAGUGUGGUAUGGCAAUUAAUUUUUUAAGCAUGUAAUGUCGGUUAUAAGUGAAAAACUCUUCUUACUUUUUUUUUUUUUUUUCUUGUUGGCCGAUCUGCCCAAUUUGUGGGGCUAAUAAAUUUUUUUAAGAAAUAAAGUAUUAGACACAUGGAUGUUUCAAAAAGAAA